AUGGCCGUCAAUGUGUACUCGACAUCAGUGACCAGUGAGAACCUGAGCCGCCAUGAUAUGCUCGCCUGGGUCAAUGACUCCCUCCAGCUCAACUACACCAAGAUCGAGCAGCUUUGCUCAGGGGCUGCGUACUGCCAGUUCAUGGACAUGCUGUUCCCUGGCUGUGUCCACCUGCGGAAGGUGAAGUUCCAAGCCAAGCUCGAGCAUGAGUACAUCCACAACUUCAAGGUGCUGCAAGCAGCCUUCAAGAAGAUGGGAGUGGACAAGAUCAUCGCUGUGGAGAGGCUGGUGAAGGGCAAGUUCCAGGACAACUUUGAGUUCAUCCAGUGGUUUAAGAAGUUCUUUGACGCCAACUAUGAUGGGAAGGAGUACAACCCGCUGCUGGCGCGGCAGGGCCAGGACGUCGCGCCCCCCCCAAACCCAGGUGAUCACAUCUUCAACAAAUCCAAGAAACCCAUUGGCACUGCAGUCCCCCAGAGGACCUCUCCCACCGGUCCCAAGAACUCCCCGAACCCAGCCCGCCUCAGCAAUGUCCCCAGCAACAUUCUCCGGAAGAACUCCCCCGCAGCACGCAAUGGGGGCAGUGAGGCCGAUGCACAGAUACUGGAGCUCAACCAGCAGGUAGGCAGGGUCCCUCUGACAGUGGACGGGCUGGAGAAGGAGCGGGAUUUCUACUUCAGCAAGCUGCGGGACAUUGAGUUAAUCUGCCAGGAGCACGAGAAUGAAAACAGCCCUAUCAUCACCGGCAUUGUCAGCGUCCUCUACGCCACAGAGGAGGGCUUUGCCCCACCAGAGGACGACGAGCUGGAGGAGCAGCAGCCAGAGGAGCAGGACGAGUACUAA